AUGGUCUUGAGCCGAGCCCGGCAGGCGCCGGCUGCUUCUAGAUUCCUCCUUCUGACCGGCUGGGCCCUGGAGCUGCGCCCGGUGUGUUUGGAAGGGCGGUUUCUGGAGCCAGGGAGCCCCCGGGGCAGCGCACGACGCGCACCCGGACACACGCGAGCUUUGGGCACCGCAGCCCCCGGGGGAGCUGUGGAGGUGGCCACGCAGGUAGCCAUCCUCGCGGAGAAGGAGGACAAGUCCCUGCCGUUCAGCGCGGGGCGUUCGGAUGGCACCGUGGGCUCCGGCCGGCCCGGAACGCUGCGCGUGUGCCGGGCCCCCGGGCUCCGGCCCGCGGCGUGGUUCCCGCGCGAGGCUCCGGGGACGCGGACACCAUGGCGUUUUGCGAAGAUGAAGCUGGUGUAUGGCUGCCUGGUGGUGGCGGGCGCGCUCUGCCUGUACUUCAGCGUACCCCCGCUGCCCGGGGCGCCGUUCGUGUUCCGGAAGAAGCACGGGAGGUUCCUGCAGCUGCCGGCCGUGGACUGCGGCCGGGAGCCGCCGUUCCUCCUGCUGCUGGUGACGUCCUCGCACGGGCAGGCGGCGGCCCGCGCGGCCAUCCGCAAGACGUGGGGGCGGCCCAGGACGGUGCGGGGCCGGCGGGUGCGCGCCUUCUUCCUGCUGGGGGCCACGGCCAGCCCGGAGCACAUGGCGGCGGUGGCCCGGGAGAGCCAGCAGUACGGCGACAUCAUCCAGAAGGACUUCAAGGACGCCUACUUCAACCUGACCUUGAAGACGCUGAUGGGCAUGGAGUGGGCCCACCGCUUCUGCCCCCAGGCGGAGUUCGUGGUGAAGGCCGACUCGGACAUGUUCGACGUCCACUACCUGACCGAGCUGCUGCUGAGGAAGAACCAGAGCACCCGGCUGGUCACCGGCUACCUGAAGCUCAACGAGCUGCCCAUCCGCAACCGCUUCAGCAAGUGGUUCGUGAGCAAGCACGAGUACCCGUGGGACCGGUACCCGCCCUUCUGCUCGGGCACGGCCUACGUGCUGUCGGGCGACGUGGCCGGCCAGGUGUACAACGUGUCGGAGAGCGUGCCCUUCCUCAAGCUGGAGGACGUGUUCGUGGGGCUGUGCCUGGCCAAGCUGGGGAUCCGGCCCCAGGAGCUGCACUCCCGCCAGACCUUCUUCCCCGAGGGCCUGCGCUUCUCCGCCUGCCGCUUCCGCACCGUCGCCGCCUGCCACUUCGUCACCCCGCAGAAGCUGCUGGCCUACUGGCAGGCCCUGGAGGACGCCCGGGACGAGGACUGCCCGACGGCGGCGGCCUGA